CAACAAUCUUGGAAUUUAUUCGACUUUCACAAUGUGAACCUAUCAUGCUCCCAGGAUCUAAUUGAUCCUUUCCUUCAGAUUCUUGCCGUCUGUCCACAACCUUGUAGCAUGGCUGCUGAGGUAGCGAGCAGUCCUCUGGUGCCCGAUGGGCCAACCGACCCUGAAAAGGCGGCCGCUGACCUCGCCUCCGGCAUUGACCAAGUGAAGCUCGAAGACGGCACUACGCAAACCGCAACGCAGACCACAAUACAGACUCCAGAUCAAACCCAGAAAGUUAACGAGACUGCCGUUGCAACAAACGCCACUGUGGCAGAGAAACAGCCGGAGAAUGGAGUACCGCAGGCAUCCCCUGUAACAAAUAUACCGAACCUACCACGCACCGCGGCCGACGGGCUGAUCAAGACACCGUUAGGCGAACCUCUAGAGACUUCGAAACCCUCUCCUAGAUCAGAACUAACGACAGAACAAGAAGGCAAAUAUGCGACCCUUCUCAAGAACGUGUCUACCUGGACCGAGAUCCCAGAAUCAUCUGCGAAGGGCUCGAAGACCGCACCCCUGACCGACUCAGAGCGCAUGUUUUUAACUCGGGAAUGCUUGUUCCGCUACUUGAGGGCUACAAACUGGAACGUGGCGCAAUCAGAAACAAGACUAAAGAAUACUUUGAUCUGGCGGCGCGAGUAUGGAUUGGAGAAGCACACAAAGGACUACAUCUCGAUUGAAAAUGCGACGGGCAAACAAGUGAUUCUGGGGUGGGACAUCCAGGGACGGACGUGUCAAUACCUGCGGCCUUCCAAACAGAACACGGAGCGAAGUGACCGGCAAAUUCAGCACCUGGUGUUCAUGCUGGAACGAGCGAUCGACCUGAUGCCAGCGGGGCAAGAGACUCUCGCUCUGCUCAUCAACUUUGCAGAGACCAAGUCCGGACAAGGUGCAACAUUAUCUCAGGGCAAGCAGACCUUGAACAUUCUUCAGAAUCACUACCCAGAGAGGCUGGGCCGCGCUCUUGUCACCAAUGUGCCGUUUUACAUCUGGGGCUUCUUCAAGCUGAUCACGCCGUUCAUCGACCCCUUGACAAGGGAGAAGAUCAAGUUCAACGAUGAUAUGGGACUGCAUGUGCCUCGGGAACAGCUGCUGAAGGAAAGCGGGGGGUUUGUCGAGUUUGAAUAUGACCAUGAGGUGUAUUGGCCGGCUCUCAAUGACCUGUGCGAAUGGAGGAGGACCGAGUAUCGACGUCGAUGGGAGGAAGGUGGCAAGCGAAUUGGCGAAUAUGAGGGAUAUCUCAAGGGAGCGGGCGAGAAGUCGCUAUCCGACCGAGAGAAGGAUGCGGAGCCACCAUCUGCAUGAUGGAGACCAAGGAUCUUGUCGAUAUUGAUUGGCCACAUGGAUACACCUGCACUCUCUAGAGUGCCUUGAAUAGAACAGGGACAGGAGGUUGUUGAUAGGAACAGGCAUGUUGUCUUGUGACUGCUGCGCGGGAUAUGGGCAAGUACUUGCAGUAGGGCCACCAGGGGCGCCAGGGCGCCAGGGCACCAUGAUCUAUAGGGACGGGAAUCACAUGCUAAUUUUGGCGGCAACAAGCCACACCAGCGCCGGAGACCCUGCCUAAUCGAAAUCUUCAUCUGC